ACAACACUGUAGAAAGAAUGAUAUUUUAAUUUCUUAUUUCUUCAUGGUCAUCUCAAAUUCAUUCGUAUUUCGUUUCUUUAAGAAGUUGGGUUACGGAGGAAUAAUGAAAACCCUAUUAGUAACUUUAGCAUUUGUAGGCAUAUUGGUGUUUGUUAAAAGUGACGAUGCUGCAAAGAAAGGACCAAAAGUAACCGAUAAGGUUUGGUUUGACAUCAAGAUUGGUGACGAAGAAAUCGGCCGAGUUGUUAUUGGAUUAUUUGGAAAAACUGUUCCAAAAACUGUCAAAAAUUUCAAAGAAUUGGCCGAAAAACCUGUAGGAGAAGGAUAUAAAGGCAGCAAAUUUCACCGAGUGAUAAAAGAUUUCAUGAUCCAAGGUGGUGAUUUCACAAAAGGCGAUGGCACUGGAGGUCGUAGUAUUUAUGGAAAUAAAUUCGCAGAUGAGAAUUUCAAAUUGAAACAUUAUGGGGCUGGGUGGCUGUCAAUGGCUAAUGCUGGCAAAGACACUAAUGGUUCUCAAUUUUUCAUAACUACCAAACAGACAUCCUGGCUAGAUGGCCGUCAUGUAGUUUUUGGUAAAGUCCUUUCCGGAAUGGAUGUUAUAAGGAAAAUUGAAAAUACUAAAACUGAUAGUCGUGACAAACCAGAGCAAGAUGUAGUUAUUGCUGAUUCUGGCUCUGAAACUGUUGAUGAACCAUUCGGUGUUGCAAAGCAAGAUGCUACAGAGUAGAUUACUUAAAUGUAGAACCUUUUAUCAGUAGGUAAUUACUUUGUAAAUUGUUUUUUACCUCUCAUGCAAUUAAAAAUUACUUUUUA